UCAUCAUCAGAUUACUCGCAAAAUCGUAAAGGAAAAGUUAGAAGGUGUUUUCUUCGGUUUCUCCUAAAUUGUAUGGUGUAAUCCGUCUCGAAAUCGGUGCCACUAGCCAUGGAAGCUGUCCCCCGGAUGCCGAUGGUCAGUUUCGAGCUGAAAACCAGCCCGGAACCAACCAGUUUUGGACCUCUGAAGCAGUACAUUGCCGAGUAUUAUCAUGAGGAUCCGGACUCGUAUUCGAAGGAAUGCUACCAAUUAGAGCAGCUGCGAGGAACUGCCGUGCGGCCAUCUCAGGAUGUCGACGGAACGGCAGUGAUGAAGCGGUAUUAUUGUCAGCUGCACUCCAUUCAGAAUCGAUUCCUCUUGAAUCAGAUGCCCGAGAGUCAGCAAAUGUUAAGUUUCAGUUGGCGAGAUUUGUACACCGGGUCAACGCUCCAGAAGAACAAUGUCAAGUUGGAAAUGGCAGUGAUAUUGCAUAAUUACGGGUCGUUGCAUACGCAGCUGGGAGCGGCCGAAGGGCGAGCAGAUCCGGAGAGUAUGAAGAAGGCUUGCACGCACUUCCAGUGCGCGGCGUGGGCCUUCGGGUACAUUAAGGACAAUUACGCCUUGUUGCUGCAGGGUGAUCUGUCGACAGAGUUGUUGAUCUUUAUGCAGGCUCUUUGUUUCGCCCAAGCGCAGGAGUGCAUCAUGGAGAAGAGUCUUUGUGAUAACAGAAAGUCGGGAAUCAUUGCGAAAGUGACGGCUCAAAUUGUGAUGUAUUACAAUUCGGCCUUGGCGGCGCUGCUGACUCAGAACGGAGAAGACGGGCGCAUACAGGACAUUGUGGGGAGUAAGCAAUUUAAAGAGUGGAGGAAGUACGUGAAGUUCAAGAUUUCCUAUUUGUCGUGCAUUUUACUGUUGUAUCAGGGGCAACAGUCGGAGGAGCAGCAGAAGAUGGGUGAGAGGGUUGUGCUGUAUCAGGCUUCGUUUGAUAAGCUGGAAGAAGCAAGAAAGGAAUCAAAGGGGCUUGCGCAUAUUGAUCAAGUAAACGACGCGCUGCAGUUUACGAUGGACGUGGUGGAAGCGAAGCGAAAGUCUGCAAAGAAUGAAAACGAAUUCAUCUAUCACGAAGAGGUGCCGGAAUUGAGUUCGAUUUCUGCCGUUCAGGGGGCGAAUCUGGUUCAUGGAAUUGCUUUCAAUGUGACGGAUGUGGAUGCUAUGGGGGACGACAUUUUCCACCGAUUGGUCCCGAUGAAGGCUCACGAGAGUAGUUCGGUUUAUAGUGAAGAGAAGGCGAAUCUUUUGAGAACUGUUGGGACGAAGGUUGAAGACAGGGAUAACGAGUUGGCGUCGUUUAUGAGCUCGCUGAACUUGGAUGCAAUCAACGUGCAAAAUCCGAACAGUGUCACCGAUACCCGUUUGCCACAAGGAUUGGUUGAUCGGUGUGCCGAUUUGAAUGCCAAGCCGAAGGCCAUUCCGGAUUUGGUGCAGUCGAUGUCCAAUUUGGCGGAGACUUGUGCCGAAGUGGAACUAAUGCUGAAGGAUAUCAAACACAUGCUGAAGCAAGAUGAGAUCCAGGAGGACAACUACCAACAAAAGAUUGGCCAGCGAUCCAAUGGAGGAGGCCACAUUACCGAACUGAAUAGGGAAUUUGCAAAGUAUCAGGAAGCUCAUAAUAAAGCAGGUGAGAGCAACGAUACGCUGCGCAAGGCGAUGGGCCUGCAUGUGUCGAAUUUGAAGAUUUUGGCCCAACCGUUGAAGGAUAUCAAGGAGCAGAUUCCGAUCAGUGGGGAGCAGUUCGAUGAAGCGACGCUGAAAGAGAUGCAGGGGAUUUUGAACAAGGUGAAUGAAAUGAAGAAGCAGCGAGCUAAGCUGUAUCAGGAUCUGCGCAACAAUGUCACCAACGACGACAUCACAUCUCAGUUGAUCGCUUUGGAGGGUGGUUCCGAUAAUAAGAAGCGCAUGCAAGACCUGUUCAAUAAGGAACUCGCUAAGCACGAUCAGCUCGUCGCUCUGUUGGACGCUAAUCUGAAAGCUCAAGCAAACAUCCUGAAGGCACUGACCGAUAUCUACGCCCGCUGUGCGCCGAUAAUAAAAUCGAUCAGUGAAGCGAAGGUUAGGCGAGAUCAGUUUUUCUCAUCGCUUCAGGGAUCCUACGAUGUGUACGAAGAUUUGCUUUCAAAGAGCGCCAAAGGGUUGGAGUUCUAUAAGAAAUUACAAGCAAACGUUCAGAAGCUAUACUCGCGGGUCAAGGCUGCUUGCGACGUGCAGGAUGAAGAACGGAAUCAGAAACUUAAAUCGAGUAACAUGGCGAAGAAGCCAGAACCGGCAAGGGAGAGCCCCAAACCGAGCAGUGGGCCCAAGUUGAAGGACUACCUCAAGUCAGGAAACAUCAGUUUGGGUUCGAUCAAGGCUUCUGGAUUGGACUCGAAUCCUUCGGGCUACAUUCCUCCCGUGAGACCGAAUCCGGUAGGUUCAGAGAGCACCACUCCGAAUUCGAGUGCUUCUACGGGAGCCGCUGGGUAUUAUCAGGAUUCGUAUGCAAACUACAAUUACUACUCACCAGCGGGCAAUGUCCCAACUGCGUCGACUACCGAUUAUACGCAGUACUACCAACAGCAGCAGCAGCAGCAGCAGCAGCCCUAUGGUGGUCAUACAAUGCCUUCAUCGACAUUCCAAUCGAGUACCAACGCUGCCACGGCGAGUUCAACUUUGUCACAACCUCAAUCUACGGGUUAUGUUAAUCCGAUCUAUCAGAAUCCUAUGUCCGGUUAUUACAGCAAUCGACCAGCUACCGAUUACAGUCAGUACCCACCUUCACAGCCUUCGCCAGCGCCUUCAACUGGAUCCAGCGAUGUUGGAUCGACUCAGCAGUGGAAUCAAAUGACUCAACAGUUUGGUGCGAUGAAUCUCCAACAACCGACGACGUCCUAUCAAGCAGACUCCAACAUGGCUACAGCGUAUCCUCAAGUUCAGACCUACCAAACCGAUAGCAGCGUCGUAAGUCAACCAUACAAUGCUUACAGCCAACCGACGGCUACCAAUCAAAUCACCCCCGCUCAGUACUACCAGCAACAACAACCGACACAAGUACCUCAAACGUACACUCAGCCUACCCAACCGACACCUCAGGAGCCACAGAAGAACACCAAUCCCGACCCAGUUAAUACCUAUCCUUCUUACCCAGAUUAUACCUACAAUCCCCAAACAGGAACCUACGAGUACACUGGCAAUGCUCAAACGUCGUCCUACGUGAACCAGUACAGUUCGUCGGCUGGAACCGCUACUACUACCACUACGACAUCAUCAACAACCAACUAUUAUCCAACCCAACCGUCGGCCUACGACUGCAACAGUCAAGUUCAGCAACUUCAAGCCCCAUCCUACGUAAACAACUCUGUUUCAAAUCAACCGAUUACGGCUACGGCCGCGGAAACGACAGUCUCCAGCGUUGGAGUGUAUCCGUACGGAGCCCCUUCUCAGACUGUUGCCACCAGCUAUGAUUACAGUCAAAUUCAGCAGCCACAGCCCGUUCAGGAUGGCUCCAAUCAGCAACAGCAGCAGUACUACCAGCAAGGACAACCCCAGAACUCGUACUACGGUAAUGCUGGUUACGGAUACCAACCCGCUUCAUCAACUGGGACACAAUACCAGCAGCCAAACACGGCAGAUAUCACCAACACAAAUCAGUAUUCCAAUUACACCGCUCCUACUCAACCCAUCCCAGAUCCAGCCACGGCAGCCUACGGCUACGGAGCCUAUGGAACAACCGCAACCACCGAUCCAACACAAUAUCAAACCUAUCAACAACCAAUCCCCGUUCAACCUACCGUUGAACAACCCACUGCUACCGUCACAGUACCACCCCAACCCCAACAACCUCUUCCCCCAGUUGCCCCCAUAACCAAGCAAUCAACCAACCUGGAUCUUCUAUCCGGUAUCGAUUUUACCCCGGCCCCGGUAGAAGCACCCGUUCUACUACCACAGACUUCGGUCACAUCCCGCGAUGACGACAUCAAAAGCGAAAUCCUAACCCCAACCAAACCGCAAUCUUCGCCAUCGAUCAUCCCGACACCGUCGUCACAAUCUGCAGUACAGCUCGAUCCACCCACCACCAUCGAUCGUAAACCUAGCAUGGAUAACCUGUCCAUCUGCUCGGAUCUCAGCUCGAUCGAUCAGAAUUUUGAUUGGGAUAGUGCCUCUCUGCGGGCCGUCAGAGCCGGUUCACUGCCGGAUCCAACAUCGGUGUCGAACGUAUUGGAUCACCCCGUGGGCAUCGUUGCAAAUACCGUCGGUAGCCACAGCCGAAUGGGAAGUGUGGUGGACAGCAUUGUGGUGCAGCCGGUACGGGAUCCUUUCGAGGAUCAGGCCACGCUGAAAUGGUUUCAUAAGGAGGUCGAACGGUUGGAGAAGUUUAUCGACAGUUUGAACGUGAAAACGCUGAACGGGACUACGCCGCUGGACGGCAAGUGGAAAGAACUGCAGGAUAUGCUGGUGAAAGAAGAAUCCAAACGACAAGUGGGCGUGGCGCGGCUGUUCCCGGAGAAGAACCGUUCGAUCGAUUGUGUGCCGUAUGACCAUGCCCGGGUGACGCUACCGACGGACACGGAUAACUACAUCAACGCAGUCUUUGUGAAGCAUCUCGGUUUCGGUUGCCCUCAGCUGAUUCUGGCGCAAACACCACUCCAGAACACCGUCAACGACCAUUGGAACAUGAUCUGGUCGCAGAAGGCCAAUGUCGUAGUGUGCUUGCACACCCCUGCAGAGAUCCUGGACACAUUCUGGCCCACGGAGAUCAACCAGGAGCUUAGUUACGGUGACUUUUCCGUCAGUCUGGUCAAACAGUUCGAUCUGACCCACUGCAUCGAACGGUCGCUCCGGGUCACGAUGCUCGGGUCGGAUGUCAUCCUGAACGUUUCGCUGUUGCAGAACAAACUCUGGCCCAAGCAGUCGGUCGAAUACAUCCUGGGAAUAGCGCAAAAUGUGAUCGGCGCCUACCGGCAGCAGAAUCAGGAACUGAAGCAACUCAAGCCGCUGAUUGUGAACUGUUUGAACGGUUCGGAUCGAUCGAGCCUGCUGGCGGUGGCGAUUGCUGCGAUUUUGGCUACCCAAAAUAAGAAGCCGAUCUUGAUCAAUAUCGUCGACAUAUGGUAUCGAAUAUGCUGCCAGAGGAAGGGUGCUCUCCGCGAUCCCAAUCAUAUUCAACUGUCCUACCAAAUGGUACUGAAUAAUGGCUACAGUAUUCUCAAUAAGCGAGGAAUAAUGACAUCGUAUCAGAUGAAAACGGUGCAGGCGACUGCCAUCGCCGAAAAGGAGGAAGCAAUCAACGACCCAUUUAAGGAUUUGGAUCCCUUGUGGAAAUUGAAGUAAUUCGAUGUUAUAGGUAUCUAUUAUUUGAAACAUUUUAUAAUCUGGACUUGAGUUUACAUCCUUUUGCAAAGCGCUGCGUUAAUGCGCUUUGACGCUAUAACUAUAUGGCUUAAUCAUUGCAAAUUGUUACACACGUUGUGCCGAAAUCCGGUGCGAGUUAUAUUUGACUGUGCAUUCGCUACAUAUAGAAAGCCAUUGGUAUAAUAUAUAUGCAUACAUUUAUUAUUUAUUAUCUAGAAGUGAUUAUACACCCUAUUAUAAUGAUUACUAUGAUUAUGGCGCAGUAUAAUAUAUAUAUAUUAGCUAGGUAUGGAAGCAUAGAUCGGGAAGGUGAUUUUUGGUCGUGCAGGAAAGAACUGAUGUUUUGGAUAUUUAUAACUAAGUUUACAACACCGUCAGGCAAUAAUAAACUGCUAUAAUAUGUUGAAAA